AUGUGAGGGAGGCCUAGAGAGUGUAUAGGAGGGAAAGGGGUCUGGGGAAUCUGAAAGGGCGAAAGUCAGAAUGGAAUUUGCAGGGAACUUGAAAACCUGUUAUAAAGUUAUGCUCCCAGGCAGUUCCACCUGGCAAUGCUCUGGGCGCAAAGGAUAAGAUCACCCCAGAUAAGUGAGGUCUGGAAAGGAGUAUGCAGGAUGCUGUCACGUGCAAAACCUGCGGUCAGUGGGGAGACACUGCAGACGGAUAAAAAGAAGAAAAAGGGGAAAAAGAUCCCAAAGCUGGAGGAAUAUCUGACCAGCAGAGACUACUCGGGGGCUCUGACGUUGCUGGAGUUCAAGCGGCACGUGGGUGAGAGUGAGGAAGACAUUGACUUAUGGAUGGGAUACUGUGCAUUCCACCUUGGGGAUUAUAGGAGGGCCAUGGAGGAAUAUGAAGCCCUGACAAAGAGUGAAGACUGUCACCCUGAUGUUUGGGUGAAUCUAGCAUGUACUUUCUUUUUUCUAGGGAUGUAUAAGGAGGCAGAGGAGGCAGCAACAAAAGCUCCUAAAAGUCGAUUGCAGAAUCGCCUGUUGUUUCAUUUGGCUCACAAGUUCAGUGAUGAGAAGAGGCUGAUGAACUACCACCAGAAUUUACAGGACAUCACUGAGGAUCAACUCAGUCUGGCUUCAAUCCACUACAUGCGUUCCCAUUACCAAGAGGCAAUUGAUAUCUACAAGCGGAUCCUACUUGACAACCGGGAAUUCAUGGCCUUAAAUGUGUACGUAGCACUCUGCUACUAUAAACUGGACUAUUAUGAUGUUUCCCAGGAAGUCCUGGCGGUCUAUCUGCAACAUUAUCCUGACAGCACUAUCGCACUGAACCUGAAAGCCUGCAAUCACUUCCGACUCUACAAUGGCAAGGCAGCAGAGGCAGAGCUGAAAAAUUUAAUGGACAUUGCAUCUCCUGUGUUUGAUUUUGCAAAGGAGCUCAUUAAGCACAAUCUGGUGGUAUUCCGGGGCGGGGAGGGCUCCCUGCAGGUCCUCCCACCUCUUAUUGAUGUCAUCCCUGAAGCCAGGCUCAACUUAGUCAUUUAUUACCUUCGGCAAGAUGAUGUGCAGGAGGCAUAUAAUCUUAUCAAGGACCUGGAGCCAACAACCCCUCAGGAAUAUAUCCUGAAAGGUGUGGUGAAUGCAGCUCUUGGGCAGGAACAGGGCUCGAGGGAGCACCUGAAGAUUGCACAGCAGUAUUUCCAGCUAGUCGGAGGCUCUGCCAGUGAAUGCGAUACCAUCCCUGGACGUCAGUGUAUGGCCUCAUGUUUUUUCCUACUGAAACAAUUUGAAGAUGUUCUGAUCUACCUAAACUCUGUCAAGAGUUACUUCUAUAAUGAUGACCUUUUUAACUUCAACUAUGCACAGGCAAAAGCAGCUGUUGGCAACUUCAAGGAGGCUGAGGAGGUUUUCCAGCUGAUUCAGAGUGAGAAGCUGAAGAAUGACUACAUUUAUCUCAGCUGGCUGGCCCGUUGCUAUAUCAUGAACAAGAAGCCACGUCUGGCGUGGGAACUCUACCUGAAGAUGGAGACAUCAGGAGAGUCAUUCAGCCUACUGCAGCUCUUGGCUAAUGAUUGCUACAAGAUGGGGCAGUUCUACUAUGCCGCAAAAGCUUUUGACGUGCUUGAGCGCCUGGAUCCAAAUCCGGAAUAUUGGGAAGGAAAACGUGGAGCGUGCGUUGGGAUCUUCCAAAUGAUCUUAGCAGGACGGGAACCAAAGGAUACUAUGCGAGAAGUUCUCCAUCUCCUUCGGAAUACUGGGAAUCCUCAGGUUGAGUACAUAAUCCGUACCUUAAAGAAAUGGGCUAAAGACAAUCGAGUCGCUGUCUAAAGUUGCAGAGCAAAAGGACCAGUAAAUAGGCUGAUAGCCUGUAUGGAGCUGCUGCUGUUUUCAGUGGGAGGCUUCUGUUUCUCUCACUGAUGUGAGUAGUUAUUGCACAGCCCUGACAAAGAGCUCUCGUGAUGUGAGGUGAUGCAGUGCAGUGCUGCGUGGAAAACGUUUGCUUCUCUCCCACUAACUGUCGUUAAUUGCCUGCCAAAAUUAAAACCACACAUUUGACCAAAUUCCUGUUACUUGGCCCCAGUUGGGGAAUAAAGAUUGUUUCAAACACUUCAA